GGAACUCCAAUAUCCUUGUUGUAUUAAAAAAGAGAAAAAAAAAAACCAACUACUCCAUGAUCUCUCCUUCUGUAAAACCCUAAUCUCUCCCUCAUUUCCAGUGGGUUCCACUCUCUCUACCUAUCGUGAAAAAUUCGCAGAAUCCCCCCUUUGUUCCCGUCUAUUUCCAUCUCCGGCGACAGCUUCUCCGGCGGCUCUUCCCUCUCGGCGAGAGCACACUCACGAACGGCGACUCGUCCCUGGUAGGUGACGAGCGAAGGUGACACCACCGUAUCUCGAAUUUGCGACGGGCGGUGGCAGCACUAUCUGAACGGCCCAGACAGUUCCCUAGGUGAUUAAGGUAGAUCCGAAUGUCUGCAUUUGCGAAUCCCAACCCUAAUAAAUCCUUCGAGGUAGCUCAACCUCCGAGUGAUUCUGUGUCGAGCCUUAGUUUUAGUCCCAAGGCCAAUCACUUGGUUGCGACUUCAUGGGAUAAUCAGGUCCGUUGUUGGGAAAUAAUGCAAAAUGCGGGUAAUGUUGCUAGUACGCCCAAAGCUUCAAUAUCUCAUGAUCAUCCGGUUUUAUGCUCGGCAUGGAAGGAUGAUGGAACAACAGUCUUUUCUGGUGGCUGUGACAAACAAGUUAAAAUGUGGCCCUUAUUGUCAGGUGGUCAAGCCAUGACUAUAGCCAUGCAUGAAGCACCCGUUAAAGAGGUUGCUUGGAUCCCUGAGAUGAGCCUGCUGGUCUCUGGAAGUUGGGACAAGACAUUAAAGUAUUGGGAUACAAGGCAGCCAAAUCCAGUGCAUACACAACAGCUUCCUGAUCGCUGUUAUUCAAUGACAGUGAGAUAUCCAUUGAUGGUAGUUGGUACUGCAGAUAGGAACUUGAUAGUAUUUAACUUGCAAAGUCCUCAGAAUGAAUUUAAGAGAAUUGUUUCACCGUUGAAGUAUCAAACAAGGUGUGUAGCUGCCUUUCCCGAUCAGCAAGGUUUCUUGGUUGGUUCAAUAGAGGGGAGAGUUGGUGUUCAUCACCUUGAUGAGUCUUUGGCGAAUAAAAAUUUCACUUUCAAGUGCCACAGGGAUGGAUCAGAGAUAUAUUCUGUCAACUCCUUGAACUUUCAUCCAGUGCAUCACACUUUUGCAACUGCAGGAUCGGAUGGUGCUUUUAAUUUCUGGGACAAGGAUAGCAAACAGAGGCUGAAGGCCAUGUUACGGUGCAGUCAGCCCAUAAGUUGUAGCACUUUCAACCAGGAUGGUUCAAUUUUUGCAUAUUCAGUGUGUUACGAUUGGAGCAAGGGAGCAGAAAAUCACAACCCUGCAACGGCAAAAACCUACAUUUACUUGCACCUGCCACAGGAGUCUGAGGUCAAAGGCAAGCCCCGGGUCGGAGGCGGUGGCAGGAAGUAACAAUGUUUCUAUCAAUUCUAAAAAAGUUCACUCAAAAGUUGAAACAUGUGUUUGUUUUAAUUCGGGUGCAUCUUAUUUUCUCUUGUCAAUUACUAAUAGGUUUACAACUUGGGUAGAAAUGUAGGCAAAAGAUAUGACUUAGUUUUGGCUUAGAACGUAAUGCAAUCUGUUUCGUAUGAUUGGAAAUACCUGAGUUUUCAUAUACAUAUGGUUUACAAUUGUGUCUCUUUGAUGCA